GAUGCCAUUAUUUGCAGCGGUCGCCAGAACAGCCAGCCGUUCGGGUUCAUGGCGCUCAACAGCCGCAGAGUCUUGCGGCUGUCGGCUCUUGCGGCUCUUCUCGGCGCUAUCAUUCUGCCGCAUCCUGCUACCACGGGAGGCCUGGAGCGGAGGCCCGUGUACAACAUCGCCCACAUGACAAACACGAUUGCCCAAGUGGACGAAGCCAUGGAGCUGGGAGCGAACUCCAUCGAAUCUGAUGUCACUUUCACUUUUAACGGCACUGCGGCCUGGUUUUACCAUGGAGCACCGUGCGACUGCUUUCGAAAGUGCAGUCGUUAUCAAGAAGUUCCCGUUCUUCUGGACUACAUCCGGACAACGACGUCUACCAGCGGGGCCGUAUACAGCCAGCGCCUGGUCCUCCUCUUCUUGGAUCUCAAGGUGAAGAAAGUGCAUCCAAUGUACAUGUACCACGCGGGCGUUGACAUCGCGGAGAAACUUGUGAAGCACCUGUGGCGUGGAGUUGAUCCCUGGAGAGCGAUGAAAGUCCUGCUAUCUUCUAACGACGGCGAAGUGCUCUGGGGAGCGAUUCUGACCAUCUACCGGUUUAUGCCACUCAUGCUCCGUAACGUAGGUGUAGAUAUUAGCAACAGCAACGAACGUCUGGGUGCUAUACGGAACGUAUACCUGCAACUCGGCAUGCUGGGUCACCGUUGGCAAGGAGACGGCACCACGAACUGCAUCUCGUUGAUGCGGUCGGCUUCGAAACUGCAAAGAAUCAUCGACAACCGCGAGCUGAACCACUACGUCGAAAAGGUUUACCAGUGGACCGUCGACAUUAGAUGGAAACUCCGACGUUCGCUCAGGAAAGGCGUGGACGCCAUUAUCACCAACAGACCGGACCGCCUCGCCACCAUUUUGAAGGAAGAUGAGUUCCGGGGCAUGGUCCGACCCGCCACCAUUCACGACAAUCCCUGGACUCGUUUCGGUGACAAAUCUCCAGCUCCAGGGACGCCCUUCGUGGACGUGGAUGUUGAGGGUCACAGAUGAAAUAAAAUACAGCGUUCAAGCUAGCAAUUUAGCAAUUCGGCUAGCAGCAUGCCAGGCUACUUUCACGGUAAUCUUGUCAUUGAAGUGUAAAUAUUUCGUACUACAUUCCUGAAUGUACAAAAAUAUAAAGCAGAUUCUGAUGGCGUGA